UGAAGUAAAUUAUUGAAAUUUGAUAAUUAGUUCACUGCGGUGGAUAUACCCAUAGUUUCAACAUAUCAAAGCAACCGCAACAAUCAAAGUUCAUACCAUUUGAUAUAAAACUUUAAAAGCGUUUGUUACCACCUUUCUGCCGUAUCGUAAAAUCAUCACACACAAAAUUCCCGAAAAUGAGGCAAAGGCUGAAGGACAACCGGCACGUUUGCACGAUAGAAGAGACGCGCAUUUCGCAAGCUGAAGAUCGUGCCCUUCCAAGGCACAUGAAAUUUCUACGUGCCUUGCAAAAGCUGCGGCUUGCAUCCGAAAAGCAUCCUUCGGCAGAGAAGCAUCUGAAAAGUUCCUAUCAGAUCGUUAAGGAAAACGAACGACUAUUGCGUUCCUAUCCACCGUACAUAGUCCAUCCGUUUAGCUUGCUCCGGCUGUACAGUGAUGUGAUCGUUUUCAUCGCGAUGAACCUUCAUCUGAUGUUGCUACCGUUUGCCUUCAGCUUUCUGGCAUUUGAGUCUCACCCCACUCGGCAUAUGGUGGAGUACACAGAUCUGUCGCUUUGUCUGAUACUAGUAGCUGAAUUUGCAUCGACUUUCUGCACUGGAUUUGUGGUUUUUGAAACGAAUGAAAUCGUCCUGGAACCGAAAAAGAUCUUCUUCAAUCGUUUACGACCCUUCCGGUUGACGUAUGAUCUGUUCCUGUUUCUCCCAUACAUACUGUUGCUGGAAGUGUUUGAAGAGUUAAUCUAUGAAGCAGGACCCGAAACUUGCCUUGGCUUUGUAACGUUCCUGUAUCUCGGACAUAUUGCCCGAUUUAGGGAUAGCAAUAGAUACUUCAGCGUCAUCCCAAGAUCACUGAAAAUAGCCGAAAGCAAGACACGCAUUGUGCAGGUUAUCAUGAACACACUGUACGUGUUGCAUUGGACCACAUGUCUCGGUUACAUUAUACCGAUUCUGCUUCAAGCGAACCCAUCUUUCCGUCCCGAAGAAAAACAGCUGCCUUUUGUAAGACAACCACAAAUGCACCUUCCAAACGUAUCGAUGGCGUUAGAAAAUGUCGCCAAUCCUUUCGCUCGGUUCCACUUACGUGACUUCGAAACCAACGCAUCCACAACGUAUCGGUACCUCCAGAGCAUGAUGGUUACGCUGCGGGUCGUUAUGGCUUCGAGUGAAAAGAAGGACAUUGAGGAACAUUUCGUGUACCACUGGAUCAUGAUGCUCGUAAUGUUUCUCGGUUGGCUCUGGUUCAAUUACGUUCCCGUGGUGUUGUGCCGGUUCUUUGACUCACCCGAAAUGGCCACCGAUCAGUACGAUAAGUUUAUGGCAAAUCUGAACGCUUUCGCCUACAAUAAACAUCUAAGCGUUUCGUUGCGAACCAAGCUCAGGAAUAACUUUGCCACACGAUUCCGCACCCGGUACUUCGAUGAGGAGACAAUUAUGGGACUAUUUCCGCAGAACCUACGCAGCAGCAUUCGGAUGGAAACGUGCCGCCAUCUUGUGGCGAGUGUGGAUUUGUUUAAAAAUCUUCCCUACUUCAUACUGACGGACAUAGUGAACUGUCUGCGGUUGGAGAUUUAUCUACAGGACGAUGUGAUUAUUGCGGCCGGCAGUUACGGCGAUUCCAUGUACUUCCUGGCAAUGGGUACGGUAGCAGUUUAUGCGAUGAAUGGGAAGGAGCUCGGACACCUGACGGAUGGUGCAUACUUUGGGGAGAUAUCGCUUAUCAAGCGUAACCAGCAAAGGACCGCUAAUGUGAUCGCCUUAGAGGCUUGUGAAAUUUAUCGUUUGUCACACGAAGAUUUCCAGAACGUUAUAAAACCCCACGCCUAUCUGUUGAAUCGGAUCCGUAAGCAGGCCGAACAGCGGCUGGCAAUGAUGAAGAAGAAGAAGGAUAAAAUGUACGGCAAGAAGCUGUGUGAAGCAUUUUUACAAUGAACAAUUCUUGUUGGAAUCAAACCUUUUGUUUUAUUCGAAAUAUAUUGUCAAUUUUAAUUUUUAUAUUAACAAAUUUUUAACUUUACAAUCUGGCAACCACUUU